AUGGGGAUAUAUUCAUUUUGGAUCUUCGAUAGACAUUGUAACUGUAUAUUUGAUAGAGAAUGGACGCUGGCAUCCAAUAGUGCAAGUGGUACAAUAAACUCCAAACAAACUGAGGAAGAUGCAAAGCUGUUAUACGGCAUGAUAUUUUCAUUGCGCUCUAUCACACAAAAGCUCUCCAAGGGCUCUGUUCAGAAUGACAUAAGGAGUAUAUCUACAGGGAAGUACAGAGUUCACACAUAUUGUACAGCUUCAGGACUAUGGUUUGUAUUACUGUCCGAUUUUAAACAGCAAUCUUAUGCUCAGGUAUUGCAGUAUAUAUAUAGCCAUAUUUAUGUGAAAUACGUGAGCAACAACUUAUUGUCGCCAUAUGAUUUUGCCGAAAGUGAAAGUGAGAUGAGAGGGCAGGGCACAAAAAAGAUUAACAAUAGGAACUUCAUUUCGGUUCUAGAGUCAUUUUUAGCACCAAUGGUCAAUCAAUGA